AUGACAAAGAAACACUACUACGCUCGUAAAAGAUGGUGCACAUUCAAGGUUGAGGCUGUAGUUAGGGUUUUACCUGAAUUGGGAUGUAAUAUCAUGCCAAAUACUGAAAAAUGGGAAUCGUUUUGCCAACAACAAGUGUUGUUAAAUAGUUGUUAUAGAAGUAUCGUAGAAGCGAAUCGAGGUUUCAAUUUGUGGUCUGAAUGUUAUGCCGAUAUUUCUCGUGGCAUUAAAAAUCAACCUAUCCAUAUUAGCACGAUUGAUGAUGACUUUGAAGAUCAAAGUGAUCUAGAAGAGGAACCACUUGAGGAUUGGAUGAUGUUAUCAUCAAUGGCUCCCAAUGUUGCACCGGUAUGUGACAUUGAACUUGGAUCACGGACUUGUGAUCUGAUACAUAAUUGGUCUGAAGUUUGGAGUAAUUACCCAUCCAAAGACGAUGACAGAAGAUUUGUACACAUAUUAGGACAAGCAGAGCAAGAGGAAAGUGAAGAAUAUAUACCUAACCGUCUAGAUGUUCCUCUUAGUUCUUUGUCUCCACAACAAAAAGAAGCACAUGAUAUGGUUUUACAGUCAAUGAGAGAAGGUUCUACCAUACGUUUGAUUAUUAGUGGAGGAGCAGGCACAUGUAAGUCCACUCUUAUCAAUGCUAUUGUCCAUUCAACAAGAGAAUUGUUUCAGAAAAUUAAAUCUGUUAGGAUCAUGACACCAACUGGUGUAGAUGCUUUUAACAUCGAUAGUGCAACUAUCCACCAUGAACUUGCUCUAUCGGUGGACAAAGAUCAAUCGUACAAAAGUUUGGACCAUGUACAAUGUGGGCACAUGCAAAAAGAUUUUAAAGAUACCAAACUUAUUGUGAUCGACGAAUACAGUAUGAUUGGCAGGAAGAUGUUUGCAAAUAUUGACCUUCGAUGUAGAGAUAUUUUUGCAAACAAUGAGCCUUUUGGGAAUGUAUCUGUUGUGCUUGUGGGUGAUAUGCGGCAAUUGCCACCUGUUUUUGACACUCCGUUGUAUGUUCAAGGUGGGAGAAGUAAACUACAACUCUAUGGUUCCAUACCUUAUUCUUUGUUUGAUCGUUGUGUCCGACUUGAAGAAGUAUUCCGACAGUCAGGAAAUGAAGAGUUAUCUUUUAGAGAUGCAUUACUAAGACUCAGUGAUGGCAAGUCUACUCUUACAGAUUGGGAAUUAUUUAGCGCUAGAGAUUAUUCAUUAUUGACAAUCGAGGAACAAAACAAGUUCAAUCAUGUUCUUCGUCUAUUUCAUACCAAGUCUGAUGCAUCCAGAUACAACCAUGAACGCCUUAAGGAUCUUGGGAAACCCGUUGCAAGAAUAAUAUCAAGGAAUAAUUGCGAAAUAGCCAAGAUUGCAAAGUCCGAUGAAGCGAAUAGAUUACAAGAAAUUUUGUUAUCGUCAAAGGGAUCAAGGGUGAUGUUGCGAAAGAACCUAUCAACAAAAUACGGUUUGGUUAAUGGCUCCAGAGGAGUGGUGGUGGAUAUUGUGUAUAAAAAUGGAGAGAAGCCUCCUACUGAUAUGCUUGUCGUUGUUAUGGUAGACUUCGAUAAGUACACGGGUCCUAAAUUAUAUCCGGGAUCAAAUGUGAUUCCAAUCACACCGCAAACAGCAAACCGGAUAUCAACAUCAGGAGUCACAUGUCAAAGAAUUCAGUUACCGCUUAUUUUGUGUUGGGCAAUCACGGUCCACAAAAGUCAAGGAUUGACUCUUGACCAGGCGGUGGUGGAUAUAGGACCGAGAGAGAGUCUCGGUUUGACAUUCGUGGUAUUGUCAAGGACAAGAAAGUUACGAGACCUUGCGUUCAGUCCCAUGUUCGCUUUCGAAAGAAUUGCAAGAAUUAGUACAUGUCGUGGCCUUCCAUUAAGACGCAAAGAAGAAGAGCGAUUGAGAGAGUUAUCAAAUGCAACAUUCUAG